UUAAUGGUAAAAACCAACUACAAAAUGCAAUGAACUGUACUAAGCUUUUAUUCAACCCUGAAAUUCCUGAGUCAGUUUCUUUCAAACUCAAACACUCGCAUAACUUUGACUCGCCAACUCAACCAUUAACUCAUAAGAAGGAUACUUCUCAUUUGAGUUUAGAAGAAGAAUUUUUAAGUCUUUUCCAACGCAUGACUAUAGAGGAACUUAAGGAUUGUCAAAAUGACAUGGUUUGUGUUGUCUUUGGUACAGUUAAACAUAUUCUUGGUGAAGGGGAUUGGUGGUAUGGAGCAUGUGUAUGCAACAAAGGAGUUGUUAUUGAAUCUAAAAGGUUUUUUUGCUCAAAAUGUAAAAAAUAUGUAUGGACAAUUGUGCCCAGGUACCGUAUCAAGGUUAGAGUCGUUGAUGAUACUGAUUCUGCUACCUUUGUCAUAUUUGAUCAUGACGGAAUUUCGCUAACAAACAAAUCAUGUCUAAAUUUGCUUCAUGAAAUGGAUCAAGAUCCACAAUCUGACACCGUGCCAAAAGAAAUUGGAGAUUUGGUUGAAAAACAAUUCCUAUUUAAGAUAGAGGCAAAAAAUGAUGUGAACUCAAAUUUUGAAAAAUCAUUUCGAGUCAAAAAACUUUGUGGUGACUUGGAUAUUAUAAAAAAAUUCAAAUAUGUUGCUGUUGAAAAGGUUGAUGCUGGUCUUGAUAACGACAUAGAAGGUGGUGUAACGAAUGAUUUGAAUAAUAAGUUUGCAGAAGAAGCUACUGAUGACAAAUAUCAAGUCCCAAACUCUGUCCAUGUACCCGUACCAGUUGAAUAUGAUUCUGAUGAUUGUACCCUCUUAAAAGGGGAUUCAUAGAAGUCGCUGAUGAUAAUGAUGGAGUCAAUUCAAAGAAUGUAAAAAAUGUCAA